AUUAGGGUUUGCUGUCUCUCCCAAAUCAUUCAUUUACACACCAGAGCCGCAGAGAGAGAGAAAGAGAGGUAGCGGAGAUGAAGACCAUUCUGUCCUCCGAGACCAUGGACAUCCCAGAUGGGGUCAAAAUCAAGGUCCAUGCCAAGAUCAUAGAGGUCGAAGGUCCUCGUGGCAAGCUUGUUCGUAACUUCAAGCAUUUGAACUUGGACUUUCAGCUCAUCAAGGAUGAGGAAACCGGCAAGCGAAAGCUCAAGAUCGAUGCCUGGUUUGGCUCACGCAAAACCAGCGCAGCCAUUCGCACUGCCCUCUCCCAUGUUGAGAAUCUCAUCACUGGUGUCACCAAGGGCUACCGCUACAAGAUGCGUUUUGUAUAUGCCCAUUUUCCCAUCAAUGCUUCCAUCACUAACGCAGCCAAGUCGAUCGAGAUCCGUAACUUUUUGGGUGAAAAGAAGGUGAGAAAGGUGGAUAUGCUUGAUGGGGUUUCUAUCCUCCGAUCUGAAAAGGUGAAGGAUGAGCUGAUAUUGGACGGAAAUGAUAUUGAGCUUGUUUCUCGGUCAUGUGCUCUGAUCAACCAGAAAUGCCAUGUGAAGAACAAGGAUAUCAGGAAGUUUCUUGAUGGUAUCUAUGUUAGCGAGAAGGGAACCAUCCUUGAAGAGGAAUGAACUGUGCCUGUUUUGUUUUAGUUUCCGAACGUAGUUUAAUUUCCUCAUGGAACUGAAGUUAUCCUUUUGUUGGAGUUGGCAUCAUUUAUAAGCUUGUUUGACGUCUGAUCGAUAAUUUUGUGUUAAAAGUAAUUUUUCAUUAGAUUUUUGAUUUUCUGUUAGACCUUAUAUAUAUGGGGAAACAAAUUUUGUGCCUACCGGUUAAUUA